CUAUACCUAAACUACUUCUUCUUCUUCUUCUUCUUCUUCGUCGGCCGAUCAGUGCAUUAACUCCUAGCUAUUAGUUGAGAAGCAAACAAACUUCGAAUAUAUAAGCAAACAUGAGGAUGAUAGACUUGGGAAGCCAAAGAGGUCCAGCCUUACAUAUUAUGGACACUGCUACCUCUGUAGAUUGUGGCAGAGAAGUGAGGUUCCGAAGAUCCUUUCGAUCCCUGGUCGAGUGCAUGGUCCCAUGCUGUGGCUUCCAACCUUCCGACUCUCUUUCCAGCGACACCGAGUCAACUCACAGCUUCUCCUCCAGCAGUACUGUCACCGGCACCUUCUUCGGUUACAGGAAAGGCCGAGUCAGCUUCUGCCUUCAAGAUGACACCAGAAGCUCGCCUCUUCUGCUGCUGGAAUUCGCAGUCCCCACCGCCUACCUUGCCCGAGAGAUGCAGCACGGCGUGCUGAGAAUCGCUCUCGAGUGUGGGAGACAAAAGGAGAUGAUGAUCAGGUCCCGCUCCUCGUCCAUGAGCGCCGCUGCCGUCUCCAGCUGCUCUCUCUUCAAUGUGCCCGUUUGGUCCAUGUACUGCAACGGCAGGAAGGUUGGGUUCGCCAUAAGGCGUCAGAUGACUGUGAGCGACGUGGCGGUGCUGAAGCAGAUGCAGACGGUCUCUGUUGGAGCGGGUGUUCUGCCAGCAGUUGGGCGGAACAAGUCCGAGGUGGAUGGGGAUGGCGGCGGCGACCUCUUGUACCUAAGAGCCGGCUUUGAGCGAGUCGUUGGCUCGGUUGAUUCCGAGUCCUUUCACAUGAUUAACCCAGUUGGGAGUUCCGGCCAGGAGCUCAGCAUAUUUCUGCUCAGAUCAUGAUACCAGAGCUAGCAAACGCCGACCCAUUGCGGAGGCCUCCACGAAAUAUUUGACUAUAUUGAAGAUGAUUAAUUUGCUGGAUCAGGAGAUAUGUCAUAUACUGAUGUAUACGAUGGAGGAUCCCAAUCACCUACUUUCAUAUCUUAGAACAAUCAGUUCUUAUUAGUAUUCGAUCGAACGCAUGCUUGUAUUUAUUGUGGCUGAUAAUUUCCAAUUUGGAUGUAUUAUUUGCUCAAGAACGAAAAGCUAAACAGCAUAUAUAUAAUGAAUCUAGUAUCUUUUUCCUAA